CUGAGACACAUACUACUACUACUACUACUACUACCACCACCACUGCGAUCUCCUUCCCAUUACAUGCCCAUCUAGUGCGGACUCCACCCCACUGUUUGUAUUCUAGCAGGAUCCCUUGGAUAGUCCGUCUCGUUCAUGUUUCUGCUUAAACAGCCUAGUUCUGUAUCUGGCCAAAGGCAGGCGUUUCUGAGAAGCUGCAUUUUCCCCACUGUGAAUCUGCCAGUCUCUUGGCAGCCCAUACGAAAGCAUCGCAGGCAGCCACGUAUUAUAAAAGAGGAGAAACUUGCCAAACUUUCCUGCACGUGCUUCCUCCGUCACUUUCGGUAACACUUCUGAGAACAAAGCUAACGAAGAAACUAAUCAAGGAAAUGGAUCGAUAAAAGUCAAGGCGCCUGUCGUUUUAUUUUUUUAAAAAAAUGCAUCCCGAAAUCGGCACUCGAAAAAUCGCAGCGUAGUCGCACUUCCAACGCCCAAGUCGCGAGAACCAAGCAGCACCCAUCCUCAAGAAGCUCUUUCUCGGAGUCACGUUCCAAUCCACGUGUCAGAAAGUUCUAAAAACGUAUACACGGAUUGGCCGCCUUUGGGUGACUGUCGCUUCUGAUUGGCUUAAAUUGUCGACGUUGUUUGUGUGCCUCCUGAAUACAGCUACGUUGGCGGCAUUAAUCAUUGGGCGGGUUCACUGUAAUGCAGGCUUUGGAUUGGUUGCUGAGCGCCCGGGCUUCUAAUUAGGGUUCUGCUCUAGCUAUGUCGGACGAGUUUCUGGAGUUGGUGGGAGCGGUAUCGGUUGGGCCUCGGCCGCGGCCGUUGUUGCUUCUCGGUCCUCCCGGCUCGGGUCGUUCAGCACUGUUGUUCCGCGCAGCACUAGCAAGUGCUUCCAUUGUCUCCUCGACUCGCGUGUUGUUUUUGGCACCGCGGGCUCUGGAGCGGCUUCCGGGCGGGAAGGCAGCUGGAGGAGGAGCAAUCCAGAAAAUCCAUUUCCUGUACCCCUCUUCCUUCCAGGAGCUACUACAACUGGUGGCCUCCCUGCACCAAACCUUACCUAAUAGCCCCUCCAUGAUCGCACUGGAUGGUUUGGAAGAAUACCUGAACAGUUGUUCCAGUGCCUGUACAGCAGCCCAACUUGUAGCCCUGUUGUUGGACACAUCUAAUCAUUUCACUCAGAAACGUAGCCAUUUGGCUGUGGGUUGCCAACUGAUUGUUUCCAUGAGGUUUCUGGGAGAAGCUGGGGAAGAAGCAGAACAUUUCUCAGCCAUCGAACGCUACUUCCCAGCAAAACUGUGGCUGCAUCCAGACACUGGGAAAGAUGUUGGUUUAGAUAAUCAAAGUUUAACCAAGCUGAUUAGGGCACAACUUUUCCAACCAGGGACAAAGGAUCAAGAAUGGAUGGUGAAAUUUGAUGCACAAGGUAGCAUGACAAUCUCUCUAUUGCCAUGCAAAAAUGAAAGUGAGAAUGAAACCGUUUUUGGAAAUAGAUGUUCUGUUUCUGAAGUUGAUACCACUCUGCCUAGCUCCCAGACUUAAGGACUUCUGGACAAUCCUGCUCUGCAGCAAACACACCUUCCAUUAAUACUGAAUAUGAUUUUUUUUUAAAUCAAAGUUUGGGUUUUUCAUUUAGACUGAGCUGGCAAAUUGACGAUUAAAAGAAAUUUAAUCAAUUUUAUUGUUGCACAAAGUUGGAGGUAUUGUAUACUAUUUGGUCAGUUAGGAGAGUAUUCUCUGCACUGUGGAAAGGGUGGUGGCUUGGGCUGCUCCAAUUUCUUCUCAUUGACAUGGAUUUGUUAGCCCUUGGAAGAGAGGAGGGGAUCCCAUAAAGUUCUAUCAGGAAGCUAUGUAGAAGAAGCCUUCUAAAAUGUCUACUUGGAAAGUGUCAAAACGGCUUUUCGGGACUUCAGCUGCUAUUUACUAACUGGCUGGAAAUGAAACCAGAUUAAGGAAUCCCUUUUCGGAUUUCAGACCCAGUCUUUGCUUUGGCUAAAGUGAUGGCCUGAUAUUCAUUGUGCGUUAUGUUUACAUGGACUCUGAUCAGUGGAUUUUCCUGCUUAUCUCCACUGAAUCAAUAAAAAGGCCACCCCUUUCAUUGCUUUAUUAGUGAACUUGUAAAAAUACUUUUAAUGCCAUAAUUUCAGGCACACACAUACCUAAAAUGCAGCUUUUGCUACUCUUAUUGUGAACUUAUGAAAAAAAAAUAGCAGUGAAAGACAAUAAUUAGAGGGGAAAGGAUCUUCCAUUAGCCAAUGGGAGGAAACUGCCUGUAGUGAGAUGGGACAUAGCGAUCAUGCCAGGCAGCACCACUUGAGCUGACCCGACAGAAAACUUAAGUGUCAACUUUGAAUCGAACUUCACGGAAGCCAUUUUUCUAUUCCUCGGUUGCUACACAGGGGGAAGGGGAAGGAAGAUGAUAUGUGUUGCUAGACAAAACACAGAACUCCUGGGAACCAAGGUCAUCUCUACAGGUGGUGAAUAGAGAUGGGGAGGAGUGCCUGGAGAGCCCGCCAAUUAACCUAAUUGGUCAACAUGACCUGUGACUUUUGGGGAGGGAGUUAUUUCCUAUUAAACUGAAACCAUGGGAAACAUUUAGAGUUGGUUUUCCCAUUGGAUUGUGCCGAUAUAAUGUAUCUAAUAAAGAAGUUCUUAGAGGAAGACCUUAGCCUCAGAAUUCAGAUUUGCUUGGGUUUGUUAGUCAGGAUCAUGACAUUAAGCUUGAAGUGUAGCGGGAAAAAAUGGGCAGAGAUUGCUUUAAGAAAUGGGGCAGGGUCAUCAUGUAUAUGACUCCAGAGCAAGACUCUCCAAACUCUUCAACCCCUUUCAGAUGAUUCAUUGAUCCCCCAAUUAUAUGAAAAUAAUAAAUUCAGUAACAUUACUUUAAUAGCGCUACAAGUAAUAUAUCUUUAGUUCCAUUGACCUUUUGGAGUUGAUAUUGCUCACUUUG